AUGGCCUCAUCCAGAAAUAAACUAAUCUCUCAGCUGAGUUUGUAUAGAAAACAUAACCUAGACUAUUUGGAGAGAAAAUUCGACCAGCAUGUUAACUCUAGGCCAUUAGAUGAUUUAAAUUCGCUUCCAGUUUACCUAAAUUCAAUCCUUCCCUUUUAUUUGAACUCACUCCCGCAAUUUGUCACAACUCUUUUAAAGCCUACCAGUUCCAAAGAUAGUUUUAAAGAUGAUUACAAGUCCACAACCUCAGAGGAUAUGGAUGCCUCCAAUUACGAUGUGGAGAGUAAGUUGGUUAGUUUGGACAAGGCACGAACCUCCAAUAAAGGCUCCCCAAACCGACAAUCAAAAUCAAAUUACUCCACACUAAAAUUUAAUUUUAAUACAGUAAAUUAUGGCCAAAAAUAUUAUAGCACACGGGCAGCCAGGAAAAUGAAAGAAAACAAACUUCCAACUGACCGUUUUAGUCGCGCUGCAACACUUGCAGGAUUGGUGUUUAACGUAGCUUCAGCGAGUACAAGAGAUGCAAUAGGAAGGUACAUGAGGGGUGAAUAUGUAAAUGUGUUAAAGAACUCUCUUACUAGUGAUAACGUUAUAAAACAUGUAGUUGAAUGUUUGUGUAAAAUGAGAGGAACUGCACUAAAAUUCGGUCAAUUGUUGAGUUUGCAAUCAGAUAUUUUGCCGGAAAAUUUCAGACAAGCGCUGAUAAGUUCACGCCAUGAAGCUGAUAUAAUGCCAAAAUCACAAGUCGAUCAGAUCCUCUCGAGAGAAUUUGGAGAAAAUUGGAUGGAUAACUUUUUAGAAUUUGACUAUGAGCCCAUAGCAAGCGCUUCUUUGGGUCAAGCCCAUAAAGCAAAGCUAAAGGAUGGAACAGAAGUGGCAGUAAAAGUCCAGUUCCCAGGGAUUUUAGACUCUAUUGACAGCGAUAUUGAAAACCUAGUGUGGAUCUGCACCUAUACAAAACUAGUUCCUGACAGUUUUUUCAUAAGAGAGUACGCUAAGGAGAUGAAAACUGAAGUUAUAGCAGAAUGCGAUUACUUGAAUGAGGCCAAAUUUUAUGAAAUCUUCAGAAAACUGCAACUUGAAGGGUUCUACGUACCAAAGGUUAUCAAAGAACUGACAACUAAAACAGUAAUUACCACUGAAUACGUUCACGGGAAACCACUAGAAGAUUUGGGUAACUUGAGUCAGGAGGCCAGAAACUCAGUGGGAAGGAGAAUCUUAAAGUUAUCCUUAUCAGAAAUCUUCGAUCCUAACCCAAGCAACUAUCUGUACAAUGAGGAAACUGACCUAAUAGGUCUUGUGGAUUUUGGCUCAUGCAGGAUUUAUCACAGGAAGUUUGUUAAGCCUUACCUCCAACUUGUAUACGCCACAAUUAGAGAAGACCUUGAUGAAAUUUUAAGACUUUCAGUUGAAGUUGGAUUUCUACACCCGGAAGAAUCCCAGAUAGUAAUUGAUGCACAUUUGGACUCAGUCAAAGCCUCAGCUGAUCCCUUCAAAUAUGACAUUGAAUAUGAUUUUAAGAAUAGUAAAACCUUCACAACGUGCAUGGAAAGAUCAAAUAUUAUUUUCAAUUAUAGGAAAAGACCACCGCCUCCAGAAAUAUACUCACUACACCGCAAAUUGGCAGGCGCAUUUUUAAUAUGUAAAAUAAUCUCAGCAAAGUUUAACUCCAAGAAACUAUUUGAAGAGGUCAUGGAAAUGUCAGACGUUUUAAACUAACCUGCUUUAUACAUGUAUAAUAUAACCAAGAUAAUAUUA